AUGUCGGAAGCAAUCGUAGAGCAAGUAAAGAAAUACUUGACGGGAAGCAUUCCAAUUACUCCGAUAUCUCAAGGUGCAGAAGCUGUUGUAUUUACAACUGAAGUACAUCCAUAUCUUCCAAAGGCGGACAACCAACCAUCAACGAAAUACAUCAUAAAGUAUAGACCUCCAAAACAGUACAGACAUCCAACUAUCGAUAAGACAUUAACAAAGCACCGUACUUUAAGUGAAUCACGUAUUCUCUCUAAGCUCUCUAGCUUGCCAGGUCUGAACGUUCCUAAACUCAUUGCAUGUGACGUCUACAAUGGAUGUAUUUGGCUAGAGUUUCUCGGGGAGAACCUGCCAAAUGGAGCGGGUUUUAGUAACCUGAAGAAUUUUCUUUGGAUGAACUCAUCAGAUCCUUACAAUAAGACUGUUGAAUCUACUUUAUUCAAAGUUGGUGAACAGAUUGGUUUAUUACAUUGGAACGAUUAUUGCCACGGGGAUCUUACCACAUCAAAUGUUGUGUUGGUCAGAGAUGGUGAGAGCUGGGCACCACAUUUAAUCGAUUUUGGGCUCGGAUCAAGCUCGACACUUGUCGAAGAUAAAGGUGUGGAUCUUUAUGUGCUUGAAAGAGCUAUUGUAAGUACACAUUCAUCUUUCGCAGAAAAGUACAACAAGUGGAUAAUAGAAGGGUUCUCCAGUGUUUACCAAUCCAAAGGCAAGAAAGGUAAUCAAAAGCUUAAAGACGUAAUCAAUCGCUUUCAAGAUGUUAGGCUACGGGGUAGAAAAAGAAGCAUGAUUGGCUGA